CAGCCUUGCUUGGGCGCUCUUGGAGCGUUUGUUUGCCCCGUUCAGAGGAAGCAAGGCCGGGUAGACGUCGCUGAGGCGGGUGGCGCCUGGCACCGCCCUGCCGCGGAACGCCGUGGCGCCACUCGCGCCGCCCCGCCGGACCGAUCUGGCUGGCGCACCACAGCGGCGGAAGGGCUGCCGGCCGACAUGCCAAAGUUACGAAAAACCCAAGGAGGGAAGCAAGAGAAAAAAGCUAUCCAUCCUUACAGCAGAAAAGCUGCACAGCUUGCAAGGGAAGCACACAAGCAGGAAAAGAAGGAAAAGCUGAAGACUGACAAAGCUUUACGCUUGAGUAUCAUUGGAGAAAAAUUGCUAUGGUUUCAAAGCCACCUUGACCCCAGUAAGAUUGAGUACACGAAGAAGGAGGCUGGUGAACUAAUUGAAAAUUACAUGUGUCGAUUCAAUACUGAAUUAGAGCAGAUCGAAUUACAGAACAGUAUUAAAGGUAGACAAGGGAGACAGCAUGGUUCACGGGAAACUGUCAUCAAGCAGACCAUAGAACGUGAGCGACAACUCUAUGAAGGCUACGGAAUGGAAAUCCCAGACAUUAUGAACAGAAAACAUCUUAAAUAUUUCAGAGAAUGGGAUGGUGAUCUGAAGAAGCUGCCAAACAUCAAAAUGAAAAAGCUCUCAGCUAGGGAUGCUGCUUGCAGUCCCCCUGAGGUGGCAGAUUUGGAAGCUGAAGAAGAAUUGAAUAAAGUGGAAGAGGUGGGCUAACAAGCACCAUCUCUCUCAAGAACUAAAACAGCUGAAGGGUAAUGUGGGAAACCUAUUUUAAUUAUCACUGGAAACAGGAAUAAAUUCUAAGUAUAUUUGCAAA